AUGCUUCCAAUAGAAAAAGAAAAUUCAAGAGUUGCUACAACUAAACCAUUAGAUGAACUUUUUACUAAUGUCGGUCAAAAGUUUGAGACAGAGACCGUAAAGCAUGAAGGCUAUCGUUUUGACUACCCAUUAAGAUGGCUAAGAGACCCAUCUGUCACAAAAGCUAUUGGCUUUCGUAGAAUGAAGUUUGUGUCUGUAGAAGAUAAAAGUUUUCCAUUUAUUGUAAGGUUUCAUAUAGAUUAUAUAUCUGAAGGGAAACGAAAAAUGUGGGAAGAAAUUGAGCUAAUACAAGUUGACCUUUCAUCUUCUCUACAGACUGCGUUAAAAAAUAUAGAAGAUAAAAUAAAUUCAUGUUAUGCAAAAUAUGCUGAUGAAUAUGCAAAUACCGAGAGCACACUUUAUGUGAGAAUUGUAUAUGACAAACAAAAUUCACAAGUGUCAUUUCAAAUCUACGAAGACAAUCCAAAGAAAGACGAACAAAUAUAUACAGAAUUCACUGCAAUGUCAUGGUAUUAUUUGCAAAGAAUGUUAAAUCAGAAAGUCGAACUUCCUUUAGCAAAUAUUUACAGUCGAUAUGCAAGAGAUGAACCAUAUUUAUUUAAAGAUGUUUUCGACCCAGCUGCUAUUAUUGUUCAUGCUUCAUUUUCUGGCGCCCAAAACUCUUUCUUAUGCUUGGCAAAUGA